GCCCAGAAGGCAGCUGUGUUUGGCACGGAAACGCUGGUGGUUUCUGACACCACGGCAUCAUAAAGUCCCUCUUAUCAGUAGGUUUUGACCUCACCAUCAGUCUGGAUACAACCACUAGCUGCUACGUCUCAUCACUAUCUCGUUACAGAUUCAGUAUGACUCUCACAGACUUCCUCGCUGUGUCAGAUAUUACUUCAGCUAUCAACACUUGCAGGGGCAUGGAUGUACUACGCUGUGCGUUUGCACUGACCUUAACUGUAACUUAAUUGCAAAUGGCUCCUUCAGCCCAAAGAAGUUUUCUGCGAUGGUGGGAUUGUCCAAGAAGUCUCCCCCUGAGAUUGAGAAGAUCUUCAGUGAUCCUGGACCAGAACAAGAGUGGCUACAUCCAACAGGGCGAUCUACAGGUUUUCCUCCAGAACUUCUCCAAGGGGGCUCGUCCCCUGACAGCGGCUGCGACCAGAGCCUUCCUCCUGGCUGGGGACAAUGACAGGGGUGGAAAGAUAGGCUGGGAUGGUAGAGUUACUAGGCAACUAGGGCCGGGGCCAGAGUUAACAUUUGUGAUUCUUGUGGCAGUUUCAGGAUCACUGGAUCAGAAACCUAGUUUGGAAUGUGGUUGGAAAGUAAUUCAGUCUCUACAUUCUGCAUAUUGAAGGUUAAUGAGCACAUUUUCAUUUUUGGUUUGUUUGUCUCUCUAUCAGAGUUCUCCAAACUUGUCAUGUCUUCAUAAAGACAUGAAGAGGAGGAAGAUAUGUAUUUUGACAAUUUGAAGACAAGCUGUACAUGGUCUGUGUGAAUCUGCUCAGUGCCUUCUUGGGUUGGUCCAGCCUCUGUCUGUCAGUACUAGUAGUAUAAUCUGAGGUAGUUUUAACAAAGGAAAAUAUGAUAUUGUAAACCAACACAAAUAAACAGUCUUUGGCUUAACCCUUGCCUCGCCUGCAGCUGUCUUUCUCUGAUGGAAAGUAUAUACAUGUACUGUAUCUGGGUUUGACCAUAAAUAAUGUAGCACCUGUCUUCGUACGACACUGUGAUGUAUCCUAGCCGUGUCAUUGACAGGCUGGGCCUUACAUGAGCAUGUAGCCAAGGGUAAGGAGUCAAGUCAACAAACGUCUAUAUUCCUCUCAUGUGUAUCCAACUGCAGUAGAUCAUCCAAACCAGGCCAUUUCCUCAUGAUUAUAUGAAGGGCAGACGAGGGAUUAAGUUUCUUGCUAUAAACUGAUAACUUUGGAACCUUUCAACUGUCAAGAAGAUUAUGUAUAUGUUUCUAUCAACAACAACAGCAACUUUUAACAUUUUUAAAUGAGACUGUGCUGGUAUGUAGGUGAUUUAUAUUGUUUACAAGUAUGACAAGCACAAUAUUGUCUAGCAUAAGAAUGAUGAAGUAUAAAAUUGAGGCCUUGCAUCACAUGAAUAUAGCAAUUUGCAGCAAACAGAGAUGUUAGUGUCCAUAAUGGUUAAUACUGUAAUGUACACUAGCUUAAACAGUUACAUUUGUAUAUAAAUCAUAUAAAACUAAAUUAUCCGAUUUGACAUAUACUAAAUGGUUCAUAUCUGUUUUAUGAUGUAAGACUUGUUCUACACAUUCAGAAACUCACUGAGGUUGCAGAUAAGGGGUCAUAUUACAAAACCAAUAUGCAUCGCAGUCAUUUUACCUCCAACAUGCAGCUGAUUGAGUAGAUGAGCUUGAGCCCAAAAAUGCACGCCUUGCGUUUCACCAAGGACUGCAUGCAUAUCCUUAGUUGAAAGGAUAAAAAUAGCACAAUUUGACUACUAGACACAUUUUUCCAAAACUAACCCUAAGCAUAUGGUGUGCGUUACACCUUGAAGGGCGAGAGUAUAUAAUGUGAGAGCUAAAGGAGAAUUGCUUCAUCCGGCCCUACACUGAGAUACAACUGCCUCCUCGCCACUAAUCUUCCAAAGAAUCUAAAAAUGGCUUUCAAGGGAAUGCUUAAGGAUGAGGAUAUCGCUGCUGCCCUCAAGCAUAGUGCAGCCGCUGAGUCCUUCAACCACAAGGAGUUCUUCACCAAGGUUGGCCUGGUCGGAAAGUCUGCUGAGGAUUUGAAGAAAGCCUUCUACUUCGUUGACCAGGACAAGAGUGGCUUCAUUGAGGAGGAUGAGCUCAAGCUGUUCCUCCAGACCUUCUCUGCUGGUGCCAGAGCUCUGACAGAAAAAGAGACCAAGGCCUUCCUUGCAGCAGGAGAUGUUGAUGGUGAUGGCAUGAUCGGAGUAGAUGAGUUUGUCACCUUGGUGAACGCAUAAGUCAUCUACCAUUGGCUUGGUUAUCAUAGAAACACAAAUCUGCUGUUGAGGUUUUGUCCUGGCCCGCUGCCUGUCACAUACUGCAUCUUUUUUAUAUUCAUUUUAUGUAUGAAUGUCGCACAGACUGUUUUGACUGUAACCCCACACCCCCAAAGCGUGUUGACUGUUAUGUUUUUUAAAUAUGUCUUAUGUUCGCAUUCAGCCGGUGUGCAAAAAUUUACCACCAUGCUUUUGCACUUUUUGAAAAUUGAAAUAAAUUCACAUUUGGA